AUGCAAAGAGUCUUCCCGCCAGAGAGACCCGAGAGAGACUACAGGGUCGACAGGAGAUCCGGUCGAGACAAUCCUGACAGACGAAGUGAACCCUACCCGCCAUCUCAGAGAGGGAACAAAGGGAAGCGAGAUUACGAUCAAGCACCAACUAUGCGCCCGCGCGAAAGAGCGAAACUCCCAGAGUACCUCCUGUCCAUUUCACCCGUAGAAGCUGUAACAACUUUGAUGAACCUUGGCGAUAAGGCCAGCUGGCCAGAGAAAAUGAGGGCUCCACCCGACCAAAGAGACAGAUCAAAAUGGUGUGAUUUUCAUAGUGACCACGGUCACCGCACGGACGAAUGCAUCGCACUCAGAUUGGAAGUGGCGAACUUAUUGAAAAAAGGGCACCUCACCAAUUACUUGACUGACAAAGGCAAGCAGACCCUGCAGCAGGCGAGGGAUAGACAAGAGAAACACAGAGAUGCCAGCCCACUGGACCCGCCACAUCACGAGAGGACUGUAAACGUGAUAUCCGGAGGUUCCGAAGUUAGCGGAAUCACCCACUCAGCCGCCAAGAGACAUACCAGACAGGCUAGAUCAAGCAAAUCAGGAGUUCCGCCUUUCGGCAAAGCUGGACCAACGGAUCCAACUUUAACAAUCAGCUUUGCAACAUCCGAAUCAGACAAGCUUCUACACCCUCAUCAUGAUGCUUUAGUUAUUUUCAUUUAUAUUGCUAACUGCUUAACAAAUCGUGUGCUAAUAGACAAUGGUAGCUCUGCCAAUAUUCUGUUUUACAGUGCAUACAGGGAGAUGGGUUUGGACGAGUCCAAACUAAUCAAGAAAGUUGCCGUACUCGUCGGCUUCAGUGGCGAGAGUACGACUACUAUAGGGGAGAUCGACCUUCCCGUUUAUGCAGAAGGAGUCAACUUUUCCACUAGGUUUCUCGUGGUAGACGCCCCGUCAGCAUACAACGUCAUCCUAGGCCGUCCAUGGAUCCACGGAAUGGAAGCAGUACCAUCCACCUAUCAUCAAGUCAUACGAUUCCCAACCAAGUGGGGAGUCAAGGAGAUCAAGGGAGAGCAGAAGGACUCCAGGGCGUGCUACCAAACUACUAUGAAAGCGAAAAGCCCGUCUUUAUAG